AUGUUCACGUUGCGGACUCUGCGUACAAUGUACACUAUUCUACGCGCAGCUUUAAAAAUGAUAUUUGCAUUAAAACAAUACGAAGUGGACAGUGAAUAUCGAUGGGCUGGGUCUCAAGAUCCGAAAAUUGUGAUCACAACGAGUCGUGAUCCGUCAUCUCGGCUGAAAAUGUUCGCCAAAGAGAUGAAAUUGAUUUUUCCGAACGCUCAACGCAUCAAUCGUGGACAUUAUGAUGUGAAACAAGUCGUUCAGGCUUGUAAAGCUCAAGAUGUACGGUUUUGA